AGUGGACGGAGGGAGCUAAGAGAGAGCUAUCAAACGGGCUCCGCUGCCCCUUCUAUGUGGCGUCAAAUCUUAUUGUCGAAGGGAAACUUGGGGCGCCAUUAAUGGCGGUUUCAUCUAUUCAUUGCAUUCCUGUAAUUCUGGCCACGCUCAGCACCCAACCCCGGCCCGCUUUCAAUGAUCUGAUUUGGCAUUACUCCAAUCCCACAUCUGUUCGGUAUCUUUCUAGUGGCAACUAUCGGCGCAGCCCAAUCGUCACCGCCUUCUCCUAUAGAUCCAAAGACGAACUUCUACUAGACAAGAAAAGUUUUGAGCUACUUGAACAACACGGUGCUAAUCUUGACGAGCUUCUGUCUGACCGUCCUCCGAAGCCAAUAAAGAACAUAAAAGAGCUGAGCAAGAAGGGAAAUGGGAAGAAUGUUGUCCCUGAAGAAACUAAGCCUCCGAGGGGGACACACAAGCUGCUUCAGGUCCUGGGAGGGAAGGCACGACGGAGGAAGUUGCUCUCUCCCAAGGGAAUGGAUGUACGUCCUAUGAUGGAAGUCGUUAAGGGUGCAGCAUUUGACAUUUUGCAGGUGGCUGGUGGUUGCCCUGCAUCUCUAAGGCCUGGUCGGUGGUUGGACUUGUAUAGUGGUACUGGAUCUGUUGGCAUUGAAGCACUCAGCCGAGGCUGUUCAGAAGUGCAUUUUGUUGAGAUGGAUCCUUGGGUUGUGUCCGAUGUUCUGCAGCCAAAUUUAGAAUCAACUGGUUUCCUUCAUGUCUCAGUUAUACAUAAUGUCCGUGUUGAGAAUUUUUUAGAGCAAGCAGUACAUUUUGUUGAUAUGUAUGGGGCUUUUGAUUAUAUAAGUGUCACACCUCCAUAUGUGGAAGUAGAUUAUGCCAUAUUGAUGAAUCAAAUUGCAAAUUCAUCAGUAGUGGGGGAUGAUACCUUCAUAGUAGUAGAGUACCCUUUGAGAACGGACAUGCCAGAUUCGUGUGGUGGACUUCUGAGGGUAUCUGAUCGACGGUUUGGUCGGACACAUCUUGCUAUAUAUGGACCAAAGUGGGCACAAAAGAGGAAAAAAGUGAAAUACCUAAUGCCAAAGUAGAUAGCUAAUACUGAUACAUGCAGAAAGUGGAAUCUGUAUUUGAAACCUUGUCUAUAUGCAUGCGGGGACAUGGUAGUUUCAUAUUGAUGAUUUACUGUGUCUACAUGGGUGGUUUCAUGGUUUGGGCAUGCAUAUGCUUCUUAUGUGCUGAAUGAAACCUCUCAUCACUAUUGCGACCUUGCUGGGAAAUUACCUUCUUCUGGACGUUCUUCCACCCGAGGAUUUGCCAUUGUGUGGGAACAGGAUGCUGCUAUUUGAGUAGCAUUUUCGUUCUUUAAAUAAUUAUUGUAUUGCGGAGUAUUUUUUACUCUGUAUAAGAAAAUUAUAGAAACUAGUAUUUCACAACGCACGUGAUGUAAUUUUGAAUUAUUAUGUGAUGGUGUAGGUCAUUUCGUUCGUGCACUCCAAUAUAUGUUUCUGCUCCCUAAGGAAGCAAAUGCAAUUUUAAGAAGUAUAUCUAAACACAUCCUUAA